AACUCACAGAAUGUAUUUAAGAGCCAUUUUACUCACGGAUCACAUCUUCUGUUGCUGUCUCUCUGAAAGCUGAAGCCUGGCAGAUGUUAGUUUCCAGCCAUGGGUGACUGGUCCUACUUGGCCUUACUGCUGGACAAGGUCCAGUCUCACUCCACUGUGGUGGGGAAGAUCUGGAUGAGUGUCCUCUUCCUGUUCAGGAUCUUUGUUCUUGGUGCUGCUGCAGACAAAGUGUGGGGAGAUGAAGAGUCAGAGUUCUACUGUGACUCUUUGGAGCCAGGAUGCUCACACGCCUGCUACAACUGGAUAUUCCCCAUCUCCUAUGUUCAUUAUUGGGUGCUGCAGAUCACCUUUGUGUCAACACCCACCCUGGUCUACCUGGGCCACGCUAUCCACAUCAUCCACAAAGAGAAGCGGAUGCUAGCACAGCUACAGGGCCGCUCUAAUGAAAGUACACUGAAGAAACCCAGGUAUACAGAUGACAGAGGGAAGGUGAAAAUAAAAGGCGUCCUCUUUUGCACUUACAUGACUCAGCUGAUGUUUAAGAUCCUCCUGGAGGUGGGAUUUGGUGUGGGCCAGUUCUACAUCUUUGGUUCAGUGUUCAUGGUCUCCUACUUCCACUGCAACAUGUCUCCACCUUGUGCCCGUCUCACCGGUGCCCAGUGUUUCAUUUCUCGUCCCACAGAGAAGACGAUCUUCAUCAUCUUCAUGCUUGUGGUGUCCAGUGUGUCGGUGCUCCUAAACAUCAUUGAGAUCAUCUACCUGCUCUGUAAUAACAGGAGGAACGCCAGGAAACAACGUGGAGCUCAGCAGCGUUUUCUCGGUGUAGAGCAGUACCCAUCCAACCCGGGCUGGGAGGCACAGAGCAGCCACUACAGAGGCUUCCCACUGUCACCUCUGCCUGCUCACAGUCUGACACACAGCUCCACUGAUGAAAAAGAAAGAAAAGAAAAGGACACCUGAUGGAUGACAUGUCACAUCU